AUAAAACGUCAGAAUGAGGUUCCGAAAGAACACGAUGGAAAAUAUAUACCCAGUUGUGGAUCGAAAUAGGCCAAUCAGAAAAACGCAAGCACAAGACCGGUAUUGUUGACCAAUCAGUGUUCGCAAUGUAGUCAUUAUGAAAAACAGGAAUUGUCUCCAUAGAACUAAAAACUUUAUUCCAUUUAUUUUGUGGUCCAUGUUUAUAAAACUUCUUUUCUUAGUUCAACCAUUUGACCAUAAAUAUUACUUGCUUGGUAAUAGGGUGCUGUUUUUUCUCUUUUAAAACCAAGGUAUUUUAUUUCAAUCACUCACUCUUAUUAAGAUUGGUUGCCUAUAGUUUUUGAUUGGGAGAACCUUCACUCGAAGUUGUGAAAAUUUUUUGUUUUUACUGAUUUUAGAAGUGCGAUUGGAUAUACCCGGAAUUUUUUAGGCUUUAAUUCUAAAGCCCUUCGUUCUUUCAAUUUCUAGUCCUUGUUUCAAAAAUUUAUUUGCCCGAGUCUUUCUUUAUGAUGUGUUUUCCUUUUCCAUUGUUUGUCAUGUUCAACAAAUAUUUAAAUGCACCAGCAUUUUAAUGCAAAUUUUUUUUAACGAAAGACACUAAACAGAAAAAAACGGUAGAAAACUCAUAAUAUUUUUACGAGAAGAUGGGUGCAAAGACAGUAAAUUUUGCGCAAAUUUUUCUUUUCAUGGACUUCAAGUUCAAGGUUAUUUAAAUAUUGUAGCGUUGCAUGUUGCCACUGCAUGUUGCAAUCACUUGCAAUGUAUUGUUGUGAGCAUUCUCGAAAGAGGCUGUAACCACCAGAACGAGGCCAUUGGCAAAGAUGGCGAAAUCGGAAGAUGGAAACAACAAGUUUUAACAUGUGAAUAAAUUAAGAUGGUAUCACAAUUUUUUCCACGUUCUGUUUUGAGUAAUGGUUUAAAUAUUAUGCAUGGACUUGCUUCGACUAUUGUUGAGAUGUCGACACUCUUCAAGCGGGAAUUAACUGAAACUUAUAGCAUGAGAAACCACGAGAAGAAGACGCAGUUAGACACGGAAGAAAGUAUCAACCUUGGCAUUGAAGAUGUGAAUGAAAAGAAUUUUCAAAGAGCGGACAUAACACAGCUGAACAUUUUUGGGACUGUCUUUCUUACACUUGUUUCGACUUUCAGUGUGGACUGGCUACAGCAUUUAGUGAAAGUAGAAUGUUACUAUAUGCUUUCAUUGUGCGAAACGAUAGCCAUGCUCUUGAUUAUCCAAGCUUUUCCAAUAAUGAAAGGCAAGGGCCGAAAUGAUAGUGUUUUCAGCUUGCAUGAAAAUAAAAGUAGAGUCUUGAUAGUUAUCAUCCAAUCAUUAGUAAUGGCCUUCAUUGGAGGGUAUUGGAAAGAGAGUGCUAGUAACAAUCACUGUCCAGAUUUCUAUGAGCUGUUCAUAGUGCUGUCAGUUCCAUCUGCCAUAUUGUGGACAUAUUGUCAGUCAAGCAGCAGCUCAUUAGCAAGAAGCCAUGAGGGUAUCAUUAUUGCAGUAUCAGGCGUUAAAUUGCUGAUUCUUUGUACCUCACCAACAUACACACUGCAGAUAUCAAGAUCACUUUCCUGCUUGUUGCUGUCAGCUGCUUAUGGCUUUUAUCUUUCGCUUAUAAAUUCACUACUUAAGAAGAAUCAUGCUAUAGCAGUACUGCGUUGGUUGCUAUUAUGGAAGAUUCCUUUGGCUUGUUUGCUAAUGAUAAUUUCUGGAGAGUUGCAAACUGCUCAUAAAAUCAGCCUUUUUAGGGAUCUCCCACUAGUAUUUGCCUUGGCCCUCGCUACAACCCUGAAGAUGAUGUUUGUGUUUGUCUUGAUGAAACACUCAAGUACCCUUACGUGUGUCGUCGCAAUGAACAUGGCCUGGGUACCUAUGACUCUCGUCAGGGCAUUUGUUUUCAAGUAUUUGUUUUUAGUGACAUCAUUCAAAUUACUUUGGUUAUUUUUUACUGAUUUCGUGAUAUUGUUUUUACAUGCUAAACUUAAGUUAUUUACAGAGAGUUUCUUCUCAGUGCUGCAAAUUAUUAGCGCCAAAUUCUUCGUAAACACAUUCACAUAGUUAACACACUAUUGUAAACACGUUCGCAAAGUAAAUUCUUUCAAAAAUAUCCUGAAAAUUUAAGAAUUCGCAGACUGUUUUUCUUUGACAAAGCCCAUUUUCGUUGAAGAAGACUUUUGCCUCCAACGAAUAUUUUUUAUUUUUCACAAAGCAUUUAUUAUCACGAAGCACCCUUAUGGCCAGACAAUACCAACCAAACUUAUCAUAGAAAUGAACCGUUUAGACGGGAAUCAAAGCUAAGAACUGAUAGCCCUGCAGCUUUUCUUUGCACCUUCAAAACAAGUCUUAGAAAUUGCCUUCAACCUUCGGUUAUUUUUAGGAGGAUUAAAUGUAUCGUUUAAAGUGAAGUUUUUUAAUUAGAUACAAUCGAUUAUUUUGAUCACAUUUGCUGGUUUUUCUGAAUUAAAACUUUAUGUCACGACUAAAAUUGAGUCAUACAAGCUUAUUUACGGGCAUUAUCAAGCCGUAUUCAUAUGAUAUCAUAGUAAUUUCAUUUCAAACUGUUUCCACACUCCCUGUUCUCACGGUGGCGACAUAAUCUGCUCUGCAAAGUAUCAAUUUUGCAGAGAGAAAUCACCAUAAUGGUGCAAUGUAAUGCAAAGUAAUAAAAUCUCUUUGUAUGUAGGUAAUGAUUUACUCGAAUUGAGAUAAAAAAUAGGACAUCAGAUAAGCUGAAGCCCUCAUCCUCAUGUUUUAUUGUUUUAGAAAUCGUGGUUUGUUUUGUUUAUCUUUCACGUUUUUCUUUCCUUUUCACCCAACAUUUCGGACAAUCAUUAGGCAACAUGCAGAGUAAGGUUGCGCCUCAGUCAAAGAUGGUACCUCACGGAGCAAAACUUGAAUUGUUCAUGCUCCUUUUAGCACAUACUAGACCAUAUUCUUUUUCUGUCUUGUCUGCAAGAUAACAAUUAUUGGUUAUUAACCACUAUCAAACCUUUCCUUCUCAAACUCCCACACCUCUCCUUAUAUUGCACCCCUGUGUAGCAAAACUGAUGAAAACCGUCCCAGAAAGAUGUUUUCUGACCUGGCAGUCUCCUGUAGAAAACUAAAAUAACCCGAGCGUUUUAUCGUUUCCUUCCAUCCCCUACAAUUGCAAGCUGUGACCCUUUUGCCCCAAGUCAGUCUUCAGUUUCCUACUUAGUUUCUUCCUGUAAAGUUUUGUUUCUUUGACUAAAAAAUUCACAGAAGUUCCCUUGAGUAGUUUUCUCCGAAGCCCAUUUCUCCGCUCACAUUUUACUCAUCCUCAACCAGUCCAAGAAAAAUUUGCGUUCCUCAACCAGAUUUAUUUCCUAUAGCCCCUGAUUAAAUAACUAACGCCGUGAUUUUAUAAAGAGGUUUUUUAGUUUUGACAGGUGAUUAAGUCCCUCCCCUCAGUACGGAGCAGUCUAAGCAGAUACACAUUACCCAUACCUUCCAACCUGUAGAGAAGGAAAAGCGGGAGACAUCGCGAGCGGAGCGAGCUAAAAAUUAUAGCUGAGGGUCUGGGGAACGCUCUGACCCCCCCAGUGGGUCCAGGGCAGCGCGAUGGAAGGGGUAGAGGGGGCGAAGCCCCCGGAAGCUCCUGACAUUUUGUCAUUUCUGAGGCCUCAAAAUGGCUCAGGAUUCUUUAAUUUCUCUGUUUGUAAUAUGUUAGUAGAAAAACAGUUCUACGUAAUCAAUUGAUCAGUAAUAUCGAAGAACUUUCUUAGAAAGUGGGGGGCAAAUGAAGAGGCCGAAAAGUUCUGGGCUUAGAAACGCCACUGUGCACAAUUAUAAUUAUAUUUUUAUUAUAUAUUAUAUAAUUAUAUAAUUAUAGGAAAUGUUUUCUUGCAAUCAGUGCGAGCCCAUUAUUAGAUUAGUUUGAAAUUAUAAGAAAGGUUAUCUUUUAUGAUGAAUAAUCAACAACAAAUGUAAAAAUGUUUGGCGUCUGGCUUCUGGCAGUUUGGCGUCUGGCUUUAUCCGAUGUCGUAACUAUUGUAAUGUUGUGAAUAAAUCGAAUCGUUUCGUCCUUUAUGAGAAGGUUGCACUGUUGACAGUGAUCUUGAUUCUUCUUUAUUUUAUACCAGCUUUUUAUUUUUAAUAUAAGUUUUUUUCAAAAAUCGGGAGGAUUUUUUAAUUGUCGGGAGGUCGGGAGAUGACGUCUGAAAUCGGGAGUCUCCCGGUCAUAUCGGGAGGGUUGGAACAUAUGAUUACCAGUAAAACAAUAUCCAGGUCUUACUAAUGGGAGGCUCAAAUGAAUCGGGUGUCUUGCUACCAAUAUUUUGUUUUUGGUUUAAUAUAACACUCGUGUUCCUUUAGACGCAAAAGUUUACUUUCUGUUUACAUAUCUAGUCAAGCUGUUAAAAAGUGAUAAGAGCAGUGAUCCAAAUAUAGACAUAAUUAUGAUAAGUCAUGUUUGACUCAAGCAAGCACCUAUCCGAACUGUAUCUAUGAAAAGAUCCCACUGCAAAUGUUUGAAGUUAUGCUGUAGCCUUCAUCUUUUGACCCCUUGAAAUACACCCAUCGUGAUUUUCAAGGCCGUCGAUAAAAGCGGAGAGUUUAAAGAUUUCUGAAAAGUUACAUGGGUAAGGGGGGUGGGUUGAGGUGUUUGUUUUCGCCCUGAAGGUUCCAACUCGUUGUUGUGGUUGCUUUUAUUGGACGGAAAUUUGAAAUCGAGGCGGGAAAAACAAUUUUUGCAAGUGAAAAGAAAUAACAAUGGCGGACAAUCUGGUUCUAAGAUGUCAAUUUAAAGGUGGCCAACGAAAAGUUGUCAGUGGUUUAACAAGUAAAUCAUCCAUAGCACAAUUGCAGGAGCAGCUUUUUAUUAUUACUGGGGUUGCACCACAUAGGCAAAGAAUUUUAUGUGGAUUUCCUCCAAAGGAACUGCGGAUACAGGACACAAAUCAGAACAUUCCGGCACUUGAGGUAAAAUCAGGUGACACCCUAAUUGUUGAGGAAAAUAAAGAGGUCCCAGCUGUGGUAGAAGUUACUCCAGGACCUCAACAAAAAUAUGAAAAAUCAUCCUUAAGAAGACAUGUGGUGCCAGCAGAUAACUCAUGUUUAUUUGCUAGUUUAAGCUUUCUGUUGUUUGGUGGUGAUACCUCACUUGCUUCGGAGAUGAGAAGUCUUGCUGCUAACUGCAUCAUUAGUGAUCCAGCUAACUUCAAUGAAGCACUGCUCGGAAAGCCCGUGAAAGAGUAUUGCGAUUGGCUGUUAAAUCCGUCUAAUUGGGGAGGGGCGAUCGAGAUAACUAGUUUGUCAAAAUACUACGAAACUGAAAUUGAUGUUGUUGAUAUACAAACAGGAAGAAUAGAUAAAUUUGGUGAAAACAAGAAUUACAAAAAUAGAGUCUUCUUGAUAUACGAUGGAAUACAUUAUGACCCCCUUGUCAAGGACUGUAAAACCAACCCCACUUUGCCUGUGCAAACGAUCUUUCCAUGUGAUGACGACACAGUUCUUGUGGAAGCACUAUCAAUAUCAAGCGAAGCUCGACAGAGUUGCAAAGCAGUUACAGUAUCAAGGAGGCUUUUUGGGAAUCGACAAUAUACUGACUUGGGUGGGUUCAAAUUGCGAUGUCUCGCCUGUCAGAAGGUGCUUGUUGGCCAAGAGGAUGCACAAUCACAUGCAAAGGCAACCGGCCACACGAAUUUUGGCGAAAUUUGAUCGCCAUUUUACCUCUGUGUAGCACAGCUAGUCCGAUUUGGAGCUGCAAGCAGAUGCCGAAGGAUCUGCAAAAACACAUUAAUGCCAAUAUGAUUGUCAGUAGUUUCGAGAAAUGAAAUAGUUUCGUAAGGCUGUUGGGCCGGCGCCCUUUUAUAGUUUUCUAAGGUAUAUUUUUGAUCUUACCAGUGGCUCUUUCAAGAUACUGUGGAAUCAACAUACCAAAAGAUUGCAUUUUCCUCUUCCAGUCAAAAAACAUACGAAACCCUUUGACAGGCAAAAAAUGGCAUCGAUUGCUAUUACUGUUACUUUAGAAUACUAGUCAACACUCUAAAAUGUGACUUGCUAGAUAGAACAUGUUAUGAUGGAACACGCUCGGGUGGAAUAUGCCUAGUUGGGACAUGUUUUAAAUAGAACCUGCUUAGAUGGGACAUGUUUUAAAUGGAACCUGCUUAGAUUAGAAAUGUUUAAAUGGGACAGUUCAGAUUGGACAUGCUGAAAUGGAACAUGCCUAGAUGGGGCCUGUGUCGCGGGACAUAGUUAAGUGGCACGUGCAUAGAUGGGACAUGUUGAUCGGACAUGCUUAGAUAGUCCAUGUUAUGAAAGAAUAAAAAGAUGCAAUAGAACUUGAUCUUUGGUUUUCAUUUUCCGGUUGAAUAAUUAAAAGCCGAUUUAAGUCAAGACGUCUUAAAGACUUCUGAAUAGAAAAUUGAGAUGUAGCAAAUAAAGAAUGUCACCAUUAGCAUACAAGUCUCUUCUGGCAACCGGAGCUCUUCAAGAAUCAUGACGAAGUCAAAUGUUGUAAUCUUAUUGUUUGUAUUUCAUUUUCCAUCAAGAUUCAUCAUCUAUAUUUUGCACAAAACAUGAUUGUGAGGCCACCACUGAGAAUGGGAACUCAGUAUUUCAUCCUAUAUACGCCAUGAAUGUGUUUGCUUGCAACUGUUCCUCGCGCAGCUUGCCUUCAACUGUUCACUGCAUCACAGCCUUCAUUAUCGGUCCAAGAUUUCCAAUCCAAGUCCAAGAGACAUCUUGGUGAUACCCAAACCUCUCGAUUGCGAAAUAACCGGUUAUAAUAAUUCACAAACAUCGAAGAUCUUAAAAUGAAGUCAUCCGCACAUCAGAUGCCUUAAAAGGGCAGCAUUUGUAAUUGUACCGUAUUUUUUCGUUUUUAUCAUCUGCUUCAAUUUGAAGAGAUAACAGAUACUCCCGAAAGGCACAUUCAGUUUUUAAACGGCCAAUCGGUGAUAGGUUGGGGAUUACCCAUUGCGAGCGUAACUGCCUACACGAUCCAUUCAAUCUCAACGCUCCAUAAAGGCCAAUACCCCCUGGGAUGCCAGGAGAGCCUCUGCUUCCCCUAUCUCCAGCUCCUCCAGUAUACCCAUGAUCACCUUUUUCACCGAUGUUGCCUUCAAUCCCCUGAGAGCCUUUGAUUCCAGCAGGCCCGGUUUCGCCUCUAGGGCAGUUGUAAGCUCUUGGUGGUACCAGACGGCAAUUUGAAGGUAUGCCUGGGUGCCCUUGCGGCCCCAUCCGACCACGAUCACCCUAGGUGCAAAGGAAAAUGUCACUGAACUAUCAUGUUCUUCCAGGAAAUUCUAAGAAGAUGUCAACGCAAAUUCUGUAUUAAACUAGCCUUCUCUUUAAUCCCUUUUUCUUCUAAUUCAACCUUCUCUAACUUCAAUAACCCCCUUUUCUUCAGAAUACCCCCUCAAAUUUAUCAAUACAAGAUUUCAAAGUUUAGCUAUUUUAUUCAUUGCUUUUCAUCCUGUUUUUGAAAAUGCUAGACAAACGUCGUGCUAGAAGGUACUUUAGGAAAGAGCCUUGCCAUGGUUGCCACGACCAAUCAAGAGGCCACGUACUUGCUUGCGUCAUAGAUACUUCUAGUUUAACUUUGAAUGCUGCUAAAAUCCAAAAUAAAUUUUACUUGUAGCUCACCUUUUCCCCUUUAGUGCCCUUUUUUCCUUGAACGCCCUCAGGUCCCCGCUUGCCUCGUUCUCCUUGCUGAAUAGAAUAUAUUGUUAUUUGCAACAAUGGAUUGAGUUUAACAAUAAUAUUUUUUCAUUAUACGAUAGUGUAAAAGCUUGAUUCUAGUUUCCCAAGUAAAUAUUUGUGCCCUGAUACUAAAACCAAAGAAAUCUAGGAAACAAAAUGCUGGAAAAUUUUUGUUUGCUGGAUAUGCAUGUAUUUAUGCCCUGCCUUUUUGUUAUAUAGGAGGAAAGCAUCCUCUGUGCUUUUCAUUGAAGAAGAAAACAGAGACGAACACUCUACACUCCAACAGUUGCAGAUAACACCUUGUUAUACAAAGUGUAUAUUGGCAGUUUGAAAAUCAUAGGAUUACAUAAAAAAAGUACGGUGUCAAAAUAUUACCCCUCCCCCAAACAUUUUCUUAUCGAAUUUAGACGAAAUACAGAAUCGAUUCUGCUGAAAACUGCCCCCCCCCGUGGCGCCGCUACUGGUUCACCACGACUUCUGCCGCUGUCUCGUAUUUUAAACUGAAGAAUCCCUACCGGUCCAUCUGGUCCUGGUCGUCCCGGGCUUCCGCGGAAUCCUUUGUCUCCCUAAAGCAAUAAGAACACAUCUUAUUAAUUAAUACAGAAAUGAUCAUAUAUAAAAUACAUAAAGGCAUUGAGUCAUGGUAUAUAGGCCUUCUCUAUAGGGGGUCAUUUGUUUUCGGCGUGAUCGCUGCUGUUUCAUGUGAUAUUUGCAUCCGUUGUUAACAAUUUGCUAUUGAUGAAAAUUGUUUUGUCAAUCAGUACCAGGUGAGUUCAUGUGACCAGUUUCAGGUCAACCAAUAGCAUCGCAGUCAUGAAAAAUUUACCAUGACUCAAUGCCUUUAAUUUUUACCCUCAGGAGUCUUUUUAGAAACAUCCAUUAAGCAUAUGUUGCUUUAUUAAAUUUUUUCGUCCUCAUAUAAGCCGCCCAGACUCAUGCUGCACAGGGAAAACCGAGGGGCAAAUCACUCUACAAAAAUCUCGUACACCUUUUGUGAAAAUCCUAUUGUUUUAGCUGAAAAUCCCCAGAAAUCCUUUUGUUUUGGGGAAAAUCUCGUACGCUUUUUGCAAGAGAGAAUUACCCCUCGGGGAAAACAUGCCACCGACAUUUGGAGAUAUGUCCCUUUUCUUACGAGCGUUGUCUUAAGAACUUUUUGAAAGUUGGCCCCUUUUUGUAACCCAGUGCCCCUCUCCUCCUAUUCCCUAACAAAUUUUGAAAUGUUUAAGAUUUCCUCAAGAAAAUACUAAAUGAAUGGAAUACAAAAUUUCUUUUUCGUGAAACACGAAAUCGCAUUUUAAGAUCAAAGUCCCUACACCUGCAAAUUACACAAUAUUUCAAUUAUUUGCAAUAAAACAGUAGUUUUGCAUUUUUUAUGACAUUUGAGAGAAACACGAGGGAAUAAGCUAAAUGAGAUUCCUACUGCUUCUCAAAAUAGCAACUUCAGCUAUUUUUUGGUUGCUUUUAGGCUUCUAAGCUGCUCGUUUCGCAGCUGUGACAUUCCGAUUGAGCAAUUUCAGUGGUGCAUUUAGCAAGCGAGGUUUUUUCAUGCUCAGUUUAAAUUUGGAUUUGAAUACAAUAAAAACGUAUAAGAGCAACGUGAAAGGAAAACGAGGCGUUUCACCAGAGUUAUCAGGUUUUCAUAAUCCUCCACACCAAUUCAUUUAUGGAUAUAGCUAAAUUAAGCCAAAUCAAGAUCGAAGAUAAUUGAUUUGGCCUGUGACGCAGGCUAGAGAAAGCUUUUAUUAACUGACCAACCCGUGCUAUAGUGUUGGGAAGAUUUCUUUGAGUCCCAUGAUACUUACUAAGAAAAUGAUGAUUAUGCCUUCUUAUAAUAUACUGGAAGCAGGGGUGUAGAGCAAGGGGGGCUCAGGGGGGCUAAGCCCCCCUUGUUGAUGCCGAAAAUUGGCAGAUCACUACUUUUGCUAUUGUUUUUCGCAACAUUUUGGGCAAGAGCCCCCCUUGUUAUUUUGAUAGCACUACACCACUGACUGGAAGCCAUUGACGAUUCAAAUAUAUUGAGAAUAUGUCAUGUUGGGAAGAAAAGAAUUCACUUGAAUCCUGGUUACGAUAAAAUUUUAAAGUGCAUCAACGUUAAGGUCUCAGCCAUAUAUCAUCAAGUUCGAAAAAAGCCAAUUUUUGUAAAUUUGGCUUAGAAGCAUCUUUAUCGUCAAUCCUAGACGUAGCAAUAAGACAAUUUCUUGUACUAUUAACUGUGCCAAGUGCAGAGGUGCAUACAUACCUUACCUACCUUUGGGCCUGGCAAGCCAGGGCUUCCUUGCCUUCCAACUGGACCUUCACCUCGAAACUGCAAAGGAAAAAAGGAAUACAAGCGUGUGUCAAAAGCUAUUGUUAUAACACAUAUGCUGGUCUGGAUUUAUACGUCAUUUGCAGGGGUGUGAUGCUAUGAAAAUAACAAAGGGGCCCUCGUUAAAAAUGUCUCGAAAAGAUAGCGGAAAGUAGGUAAGAGCUUCUAUCUGGCACUCAAAAGGGGACUGUUUCUCCUAAGUUUUCCCCUGUUCUACACCUCUGGUCACAUAGCAGCCAAGAAAUUAAUAGUUAUUAAAAAAUUGUGUACACCGAGUUCAAUAUUCAAGUCCUCUUUGGCAGUCAAUUGAGCUUAGAUUUUGUAUCUCGGCUUAUCGAAAGCUGAAACCCUAUUAAGCUAAAGGUUUUAAUUGGUCAUUUGAAACCCAGCUACGAGUCUAAUUUGCGAAAAAUUCAUAGAUUAAUUAGAGCCUCUAUCUGGAGCAUGUACUUUGUGUUGUCCCAAAGUUGAAAUUAUAUAAUUUUGUCAUCUACGUAAAUUCUAUUGGAGGUGAUAUAUACAAAAAUACCAAACUAAAUUUUCGGUAUUGCAAAAUUUGAGGAAGGCAUGGAAUAGCGGAAACAUAGCAUUCUGAAGUGGUUUUUUCGUCCGACAUUCUUAAAGAUAUUCAACUUGUAGAUCUAAAAUCCUAUUUGACUACCUUGAGUCCAGAAUCGCAGUAUACCGUACUCCCUGUGAUGAAGCACUAAAAUAACAAGAUUUUAAAUUAGAAGUAAAUCAGUGCAGGAAAUAUCAUUGAUUAUUUUUAUUCUGGCUUAUAACUCAUAUGGCUUUAUUCUCAGAUUAUCUUGUACAAGCUAUUCACUUUGCCGUUUUUAGCUGAAUGUGAUCUGGGUAAUGCUGUGCAAAUCCAAAUUAAUUUCUCAAAACAUCAGUCGUUAAAGACACUUUUAUUGUUACGUCAUCCUUUAAAAGGCUUCCUUUGCUCCAAGCUUCUAACGUGGUGUAUAGCAGAUUUUACUUCUUUUGCAAGAAAACUUGAACUCCCUCAAUAGAUUUCUAAGGGUUCCUUAACAAAGUUUUGUUCCGCUGACCAAUAAUUUUCAGUGGGCACUUAAAUGUGGCAUAUUUCUGUUAAUGUCUUACUUUAAUUAGCUUGAAGCUAUCAUCAAGAAAAUUUUAGAUUGAUCAAUUAUUAUCAUAUAAGAAUUAUUUUGUUACUUCUAGAUUUAGAAUUAGUUACGCUAAGAGCAAUGGCACUCCGAAGUACAAUAAGUAAAUUGUAAUUAAAAGGAAUAGUUGCUACAAGCCAGCCAAAAGGCCCAUACGCGAGGUGAUAUCUUUCGUCGACCAAGUCGCCGCUUGAGUGACCUGGCUGCUGUCCUUUCCGUUACAUCAAACUGAUCAUGUGUCUCGGGCCCACUUCCCCUGGCAGCUAGUGUAGAUCUGUAAAGUCUCGUUCUGGUUUGCUCUGGGUUCUAAAAAAUGACAAAUAAGGAAUGACAAGAAAAUAAAUAGGUUAUCCGUCAUUUUUCUUUAGAGUAAGGAACUGAGUUGCUCUUGCGGUACAGAUCAAAAUAGUUAAUUCACAUCAUGAAUAAAAUUAUUACAGAUUCAAGCUACCAAUCCUAGUUUCCAAAAAUAAAACUUCUGAUUUUCAAAGUGUAUUUCAAAGUUAUAAGGAGGUCCAGUCACUAACAAUACUUAUCACAAUUUUAAUGACGUCAUCACCUGCCCCAUCUUUUUUUGCCCCAGGCCCCGGAAAAGCUCUCGGCUAGCCCAUUGGUAAUUAACAAAGAUUCUCUUAUACUAAACCACCAAAAAUUAAGAAUCUGAAAACGUAUACUGAGCUACGUUUGUCAUUAUUUGUGCAAACUUGAAGCUUAGUGCGGUGACUCUUGAAACUCUGGAAAACAAUGUUUCUACAACAAUUGUCUUCGAACGUACUACAAUUUUUUAACAAAGUUCCUCUUGAAGAUGAGCGAAAAAUGACCGAUUUUGGAAGCUUUUCACUGUGUUUUUUAUUAUUCUAGACGCUUAGCUCUGUGAUUUUUUUAUGCAUAAGUGUAAAUCGAAUGAAAGCAUCGCCAGGGUACACAGUGUCGCGAUUAAAAGCUUGAAUUAAUCUUAAAAUUCCUUUUUACGGUACACGAAAUCUACCAUGACACAGUCUACAGAGGACACGGAAACGACAAAUCGCUAUUCGUCAAGCUUGAAGCUACUAAAAGCACAAUUUUAACAGAGUGUAAAGGUUAACCGCAGCCAUCCAGUCUGUCGGCAAAAAGUCAGUAAAUUCUUUUUUGUUAAAAUCGACAGAUAGAAGCAGGAUAUCCAGUCAGGCAUGGUCCGUUCUGGUCACUGAUCAGUGGUUCUGGUUGGUACCAGGCCCGCCAAGAGGGUCGAGCAAGGGCUGAUUGUCCCGAAGAGAUAUAACAGAGUUCUUAACAACGAGAGUAAAAUUCCUCAGUUUAAAUGACGUCAUAACGGCCCCCAUCAUUCUUUUCGCCCCAGGCCCUAGAAAAGCUCUCGGAGGAUCUGGCUGGUAGUGGCCACUGUAAAAAAAAUCACAGGGCCUUGUUGAUUCAUGCCCUGUGAAUACAGCCGGUUUUUCUAUUAUCGCUACAUCCAUGUGCUCCUCAAAUUUUUGGUUAUAAAGCAGAAAUUUGAAUUGACUGCGAUGGCGAAGGGUGCGAAAUUUCCGACUGACGUUAAGUAAACUGUAAUUUCGUACUUAUAGUCUUUUCUUACAGAACCCCAAAAUUAUACGGUUCGGUUGUUUCUUUCCAGAAUUGAGAGAAUGUUCGGCAUUGGUGUUGGAAUGUGACACCCCUGCCCCCAUUUAUGUGAGACAUGCAGAAAUAACAUAUUUUACUAUGAUGUAUAUUUGCCAGGAAACGGAAAAUUGUUCGAGAUUCCGGGUGAAGAAAAUAUCAAAAAGUUUUGCCUAUACCAAAGCGAUAUCAAAACCGAAUGCGAGUGUUUGAAGCAGGGGUAGCUAUACCACUUUCACGACCAGAGCUUAACUGAAGUACGAAAUGUGCCUCUACUGCAGGACAAGCAUUGCUCUUCAGCAUAUCGCUACAUCAAAAACCUUAAUAUGAUAUGAAGCAUUUAAUGUGUAUCUCUGGUUAGUCAGUAUUGGCAGCCUUCUCUAAACUGAAAGUUCUAGUUUAACACCAACAUUUUCUUUUCCCUGAACCACAGUAUUUUCUAUUUAGGUUUCUUACGGUUUUUAACAGUGAACAUACUUUAUCAGUUAUCAUUUUGUCUCUGGAUGUAUCAUCCUUUAUAUAUAUAUGAUUAAGAAAUUAUGCAGCGAUAUGAAACCGUUUUAGCACAGAAAACUGAGUUCCAAGCAAUUUGGUUAUGUAACAUCAAUCUGUAGCAUAGCUUCGCAACAAAUACAAAGAAAUACUUUGUGAGUGAGAAAUACUGUGAAUCCUCGAAUUAGCCCCCUGUGGGCUUAUUUAUUUUUGAUAUUUUUGGAUGGGGGCUUAUUCGAGGGGGGCUUAUACGAGGGGGGGUUAUUGUAGACAUUAAGAAGACAUUAUUAAAAGACCUCGUUUAUUUUAGUAGGAAUUUCUUUAUGAGUAUUUAAUUAAUUACUACCAAAAGUAUGAAUUUGUUGUGGUAAUUCAAUAUAACGCCAAAGACAACCUCAGAUGGCAAAAAUCAUCAAAUGGAGGGGUCCAAUUCGAGAAUUUACGGUAGCAGUGGGGGCUUAUUCGAGGAGGGAGGGUUGCUUAUUGGCAAUUUGUAGUUCUAGGGUGGGGGCUUAUUCAGGGGGGGGCUUUUUCAAGGGGGGGGGGCAAUUUGAGGAUUCACGGUACUCAUAUGAGCAGCUGAUGAAGAGUUGGACGAUAUAGGCAACCUUUAUUUUUCCAAGCCAUUUCCCAUUCUUAUCUCACCCUUCAUAUGUUGUGUCAAAGCGUUUCUAACUAAAUACUCAACGUGUUAUAGUUAUUAAGCAAUCGAAGAAAGUUGCUUAUUUUCAACACUUUUGGCGCUCUGGUGUUCACCUAUCUUAGCUUAGAACAUAAUGUUGACAAGUUCACAGGGAAAUUGUG